AACCGAAACACUCAGCCAGCCAGCGCGGCCGGUGCGAGCCGGCUCAUGCUUCUUAAGGGGCUCAGAUUUAUAUUUGUCUCCCCUUAAAAAAAAAAAAAAAAAAACAAAACAGAAAAACGGUGAUAAGUAAAGGAGAUGAAGGGACUCCUGCCGUUUUACCGGGGUUUGUACACCCUGAGUAACCGCCAAGCCAGUCGUCAAGCUGGGAUUGUCGGUUCUUGGUGCAGGCUUUGCGGAACUCAGUCUAAUAGCAAGCCACAGCCGAGGUUUGGGCUGUUGUUUGACAUUGAUGGCGUGCUUGUCAGAGGGAGGAUGCCAAUCCCUGCGGCAACAAAAGCAUUUGAGAAGUUGGUCGACUCUCAGGGACAAUUUGUGGUGCCAGUCGUUUUUGUCACAAAUGCAGGGAAUUGCCUCAGACAAACAAAAGCAGACCAGCUCUCUCAUAUCCUGGGAGUGCCUAUCACACAAGACCAGGUUAUCAUGUCCCAUAGUCCUCUGAGGAUGUUUAAGAAGUUCCAUGACAAGUGUGUCUUGGUGUCAGGACAAGGACCUGUCCUGGAAAUUGCUAAAAAUGUGGGCUUUAAGAAUGUAAUCAGCAUCGAUAUGCUAAGAGAAUCGUACCCAUUGCUGGACAUGGUGGAUCACAACAGGAGACCAAAAUUGCCAUCCAAUCCUGUUGUCAACCUUCCUAAAAUUGAAGCUGUGGUUUUGUUUGGCGAGCCGAUCCGAUGGGAGACCAACCUGCAGCUGAUAAUUGAUGUUUUGCUGACCAACGGUAACCUCAGUAGUAGCCACCAAACCCAAAACACUCCUCACCUUUCCCUCCUGGCCUGCAACAUGGACCUCAUGUGGAUGGCCGAGGCACAUUCUCCACGGUUUGGCCAUGGAACAUUCCUUGUGUGCCUAGAGAACAUCUACAAGAAGAUAACUGGUAAAGACCUGAAGUAUGAGGCACUUAUGGGAAAACCUAGCGAGCUGACAUACCACUUUGCGGAGUACCUCAUCAGAAGUCAGGCCAUGCAGAGGCAGUGGGAACUUCCCAUCACUUCCCUUUAUGCUAUAGGGGAUAACCUCAUGACUGACAUCUAUGGCGCCAAUCUGUACAACCGUUACCUGGAGGAGAGAGUUGCUAGAAAAAACCCCAAAGCUGUUGCUAAGAUGGCAGCUGCCACUGGGUCCACUGCAGCAGUGCCUGGGGAGGAAGAGAUUGACAGCCUGUGGGAAAGCGAGCUCGCGCUGCCCUCUGCUACUUCCUGUAAGUCUGUCCUAGUCUGCACAGGCGUCUACAACCCCAAUGCAGAGGUGCCGUCUGAUGCAAAUCAGUGCAUCAAGGAGACUGUGUUCCACGGGCACCGGGACUUCAUAUUUGACCCCGCGCUCGUGGAGCCGGGUCAUAUUGUGCAGGAUGUGGAUGGAGCUGUUGACCUCAUCUUUGAGCAAGAAAAGUUUGUGCCUCAGUAGUAUUUUGAGCCAACAGGCUCUGUGUUGUCAUGGAGGUUUGAGGUUUGGGGGUGGGGUUAAACUGGUAAUACCACUUAAUGUACAAACCUCUAGAAACCUAGCACUGUGGACUUUGUUUAAAAACCUGACAGGGCAUUGACAAAAUCUAUAGGUCAUCUUCUAAAAUUUUAACAAUAAAACAAAUUUUAGUGAAUAUAGAUUGCAUAACUGUUCCUUUUUCUGAUAGCCAUUAGCCUGUUUUUCCACGAAGGAAAUGCGUAAGAACUGCCUUAUUUGACCCUACCAAGUAUCUUUCUAGAUAAUACUACUGGUCUACAUUGUUACAAAUCCUGAAGCCAUCCCAUAUUUAUUCUAUGGUAAUGAGACUGAUUUUUAAGAAGCCUGUUCUUAACGUUGUGACCUUUUGUCGUUGCAUUUUUAGUCAUUUGUUUACCCUUUAUCAUGGAAAAUCUAUGCAUGACUAUGAGAGUAAUACUUGUACUGUUAAAACAAUUGUUUGGUGUGCAAUUUUGUCCUCUAAUAGUACUGUCUAUACAGUUUAUCUAGUUUUGAGAACCUUGACCAGUUUUUGCACAGAUCAGAUUUUCAUCUGUUAAAUGUUACCAUAUCAUCCUUCCAUUACAUGCUUAUAAUUUAGAAAGUAAUUUUUAGUAGGACCAACAGACAUG